CUCCUCUGACAGGCACCGUACCGCGGCAGAGCUGCUGCUCCUUCUUACAUCGUCGCUGGGCAAAUAAGGUGCGAAAGUGCCUCUGUUUUUGGGAUCCUUGUAAAGGGUAUUUGCAUAGCUCCGAGCCAGCGGAGUUAUGGAGACGCCGGGGAGGAUAGCAGCCACUCCGGACAACCUGGACUUCACUGUGGAGAACGUGGAGAAGGCCCUGCACCAGUUGUACUAUGAUCCCAAUAUUGACAACAAGAACCUAGCCCAGAAAUGGCUAAUGCAGGCCCAGGUGUCUCCUCAGGCCUGGCACUUCUGUUGGGUCCUACUUAGUCCAAAUAAGGUGCCGGAGAUCCAGUAUUUUGGUGCCAGCGCCCUGCACACCAAGAUUUCUCGGUACUGGUCAGACAUUCCCACAGAUCAGUACGAGUCUCUCAAGAGCCAGCUGUUUUCCCAAAUCGCCUGCUUCUCAUCGGGCUCCAAAAUGGUGCUCACUCGGCUGUGUGUGGCCCUGGCUUCACUGGCACUCAACACCAUGCCAGAAGCUUGGCCUGGAGCUGUGUCAGAGAUGGUGCGAGUGUUCCAGGAGGAAGGGGGUGGGGUGGAUGGACGGGCACGCUGCCUGGCAUUGUUGGAGUUACUCACCGUCCUUCCUGAAGAAUUCCAAACAAGCCGUUUACCACAAUACAGAAAGGGACAGGUUCGGGGUGCACUAGGCCGGGAGUGGGGCUCAGUGUGUCCUUUGCUGCAGCAACUUCUGCGAAGGACAGACAGCCCCGGAGCAGUGAAAGCCCGUGUGAUGCGCUGCCUGUCAUCUUGGGUUUUGUUAGAUGUUCCUCUCAGCGAAAGUGAAGACCUGGUGCAUGACUGCUUCAGUGCACUUACAGACCCUGAGCUCUUCGACACAGCAGUGGAGGCCAUAGUCAAUGCCAUCUCCCAGCCUGACUCCCAAAGAUAUGUUAACACUUUGCUCAAACUAGUCCCUCAAGUUCUGGCACUACAGGAGCAGCUAAGAGAAGCUGUUCAGAAUGGAGACAUGGAGACGUGCCAUGGAAUCUGCAGAAUUGCAGUCACCCUGGGAGAAAACCAUUCCAGGGCUUUAUUGGAGCAGGUAGAUCACUGGCAAGGUUUCCUGGCGUUAGUCAACAUGAUCAUGUUCUGUACUGGAAUACCAGGCCACUACCCUGUCAACGAAACCACCAGCUCCCUCACACUCACCUUCUGGUAUACAUUACAAGAUGAGAUCAUGUCCUUUGAAUCAGAAAAGCAGGCUGUGUAUCUGCAAGUGUACAGACCAGUAUACUUUCAGCUGGUGGAUGUUCUUCUUCACAAAGCCCAGUUCCCGUCAGAUUCAGAGUAUGCAUCCUGGUCAUCAGAUGAAAAAGAACAGUUACGGAUCUACAGGGUGGAUAUCUCAGACACACUCAUGUAUGUCUAUGAAAUGCUUGGGGCAGAGCUGCUGAGCAACCUGUAUGAUAAACUGGGAAGACUGUUGACUAAUGUAGAGGAACCAACGUCAUGGCAACACACAGAAGCUUUGCUGUAUGGAUUUCAGUCCAUAGCAGAGACCAUUGAUGUCAAUUACUCGGAUGUCAUUCCAGGCCUCAUAGGGCUCAUCCCACGAAUCAGCAUCACCAAUGUACAGUUGGCUGACACAGUGAUGUUCACUAUAGGAGCUCUGGCUGAGUGGUUGGCGGAUCACCCAGUAAUGCUCAGCAGUGUCCUGCCCUUAGUUUUACAGGCUUUAGGGAACCCGGAUCUUUCCGUUUCCUCCGUCUCCACUCUCAAAAAGAUCUGUAGGGAAUGUAAAUAUGACCUCCCACCCUAUGCAACCAACAUAGUUGCAGUUUCCCAGGAGGUCCUAAUUAAACAGAUUCACAAGACGAGUCAGUGUAUGUGGCUGAUGCAGGCGCUUGGCUUUUUGCUCUCAGCACUGCCGGUAGAAGAGAUUUUGAGAAACCUUCACUCCCUAAUCACCCCCUACAUUCAGCAACUGGAGAAGCUGGCGGAUGAGACGCCAAACCCUUCUAAUAAGCUGGCAAUCAUCCACAUCCUGGGGCUGUUGUCCAAUCUCUUCACCACGCUUGACAUCAGCAAGCAGGAUGAUGACUCAGCGGAUGGCUCCGCACCACCUGUCAAAACAGCUCCACCCACAACUGGACCCAACCCAGUUGUGGUUGUUUUGCAGCAAGUGUUUGCUCUAAUACAGAAGGUACUGAGCAAGUGGCUCAAUGACUCCCAGGUUGUAGAGGCAGUGUGUGCCAUCUUUGAAAAGUCUGUUAAGACACUGCUACAUGAUUUUGCUCCCAUGGUUUCCUCUCUGAGCGAAAUGCUAGGGCAGAUGUACAGUACAGUUCCCCAAGCUUCAGCACUCGACCUCACGAGACAGAUGGUUCAUAUCUUUGCCAGUGAGCCGGAACAGUUUCCACCCAUCAAGGCUCUGUUCGAACAUGUGACCUCGGUAACACUGUCCAUAUUUCAUCAAGGACCCAGGGAUCAUCCUGAUAUUGUUGAUUCAUUUAUGCAACUCCAAGCUCAGGCCCUCAAACGGAAACCCGAUUUGUUCUUGUCUGAUUCUCUGGAUGUGAAGGCAGUUUUCCACUGUGGGAUUCUGUCACUCAAAUUUCCUGAGGCUCCAACGGUCAAAUCAACAUGCUUGUUCUUUACUGAGUUGUUGCCACACUGCUCAGAUGUGCCCCCAGUGGCCAGAGUGGUGCAGGAGGAUGGAAAGAUCUUGCUGCAGGCACUGCUAGAGGGCAUUGGGGGUGGAACGUCUCGAAGCCUGAUGGACCAGUUUGCAGACGUGAUGUUCUCUCUGAACAAGCAUUGCUUUACACUGCUGACUGUGUGGUUGAAAGAGGUGCUGCAGCCCCCUGGAUUCCCGUCAACGAGGGUUACAGCUGAACAAAAACAACACUUCACACAACAGAUUCUCAGAGAGCGUGUGAAUAAGAGGAGGGUGAAGGAGAUAGUGAAGGAGUUCACUCUUCUGUGCCGAGGUCUUCAUGGGACAGAAUACGCAGCAGAGUACUGAAACUCAAACCUUGAACUCUCUCGUAACUGUGACCUCUGCUCUCGGUGCAAACAGCCACACAGUUCCUACCAACCAGUGAUGAUCACAUGAUUGUAAUACUUAUCACCUGCCGCGAAACAAGACAUGAAACCAUUCCAGCAAAGACAACCCAACCAAUAUCUGGACAAAAUGGCGCCCGCAGUGGUGUUCUCCCUGGCGCACCGGCUGUACUCGCAAUUAUGCGCAGGUUUCUCCUGUCAGUAGAGCUACGACUAGUCCUGCAGCUGCCUCCUCCGUACAGUCUUGUUCUGCCUUUUAAAAUAUUGCUGUGGCUUGUAGGGUGUUCCCUGGUGACUAGCACACACAUGACAUGAAAGUGAUAUCGUAUGUAGCUACUAGACAUUUUAUAUAUGAAAUCAAGCAACUAUCAAAAUAAAUGUGUAUGUAUUCACGUAUGAGGAGAUGGAGAAGGAUAGUCCUGCUGCUGCUAAUAGAUAAAGAGGACUUAAAUCCAGGAGUUCUGACCAAAACUUUCUAUCUUGACAGUUCACCUCAUACGUGAUUUCUAUCUCUGCAUUUGCCAAAUUAACAGUCGAAAAUGGCAUUUAAAGAGGCAUUAGAGGGCAACAAUCCUCUGAAAUGCUGGCCAUGUCCUCCUCUUACCAUGUACAUACAUGUCACUCUGCAGUCCCUCCGCUAAACCAGGUGUGUCCAAGGUUAAUUGUGACUAUAAGUGGCAGGCAAUGUGGGGUGAAAGAGAGAAAUGAUUCUCAUGUAAGAACUAUUAGUCACUGUAAUGCAAAAAUAUUAAUCAAGUUGUGCAUAUUAACAGUUAUACGGAACACCUCUGUGUUCUUCUGUUUACUUAUGAGAGUCCGUGUGAACAUAGAUGUGUUGUUUUCUCAAUCUUUCAGUGCACUUAUGUUGGACCUACAGCACACAUUCAUAACCUCCAAUUUUUGUACACUAAGAGCUCAACCAUGUUUCACGCGCACUAAAUUUCGCCUGAGUCAAUGUGCACGGUCGGCUCCGAUGCUCGCUGCAACUCACGCCCAACAAUCACACCUUCCAAUCGUGGAAUAACAAUUCGCUGACGCGUCUACUGUGACUGUUCUCUUGGUCUGCACACCAGCUACUUCAUGUUUGAGAUCCUCAUGAGCAAGUUCCCAAAAUGCUUUUAACUAUCUGUAGCACUCCCUUGGAGAGCAUCCAGAAAGAAGAAGGUAGCAGUGUGCUGUGAGGCAAAGCCUCAGUCUGCUACUUCAGAUUCCUGGGGAUAUAACUGGAUAUAGCGAUGUGAGAACUGAAAGGAAGUUGUUCAGUGGGACUCAGCGGAACCAGUUGGUAUCCAAGAACACUCAGCAUUGAAAUGUACUUUGUGGUCUCUGAUAUGACUUUAUCUAAAUCUUAUCCUACUGUCUUAUCCAAGGUGCCUGCAGACAUGUAGCAUGUGUGUGUGUUUUGUUGGGGCUAACAGAGAGUUUGUAAAUGAGGGGGGCAACAUCCAAGUUGGAUUUGUGAAUAUGAGGACGUUCAGUACUGACCCUGGACCUGUUGCGUGUCUCUACGAGGCAAAAAAGAUGAAGAUCAUGGUAUAAACAAAGAGAAGUAGGCAGAAUAGGAGGAGUAUGACGUGUAUUUUGUUUUUUGUACCCUGGCUUUAAUUUAUUAAAUAUAUUCAAGACUGCU